AUAAAAACAGAUGUUUCAUUGAACAAUCGAAUUAGUUGUUGUUAGAUCAGAAUUUGAGUAGGUUGUUUAGUUUUUUCUUUAAUUUAUCUAAAAUAUGCGAAGCCAAAUCGUAAGGGCCCAAAGCAUUUCCAGCGUUGAGAUCUGCACUUACAGCCGAAGUAAAACGAACGAUAACCGAACUAGGAAAAGUCCCAAGAUGAGUGGGAAGAUCGUGAAACAAGUUAAGCAAACAACUUCCGCAAAAUUUCUUUUACCUUCGAGAGCGAUUCAUACUAUCAAGCAAUACUUCUUAAGAAGCACAGUUAAGGAUAAGAAAUAUGCUGAAGAUAUUCCAUGCCUGCCUUUUCGUGAAGGAGAACUAAGAAAAGAAACUACUUCAAUUGAUUAUGUUAAACCACAAAGAAAAACUACCAAGAUUAAUAAAAAACAUAAACUAGCAUUAAAAACUGCUGCUGGAAAUGUAACACAGUCAAAUAUGUUCCGUUUAAAGCAGGUAUAAAGGUAUAGAAAAUAAAAAAUAAAAACAUAAAAAAUUAACUUUUUUUCUGUUAAUAUAAAACUGUAUUAAUUUAAAAGUAUCUAUAUUUAAUAUAGAGUAAAUAGUACAAUAUAAUAUAAAAUAUAACUUAAA